UGAUAAAUAUUGAUUUUUCAGCGCCCCCAACAAAAUAUUUCAUCGAGAAGUAGAGCGCAUAUUUCUCGCUUAAAAUAUUAGGGAAAUCGAAAUAAACACAACUCAAAUUGAAUCAAGGAUAUUAUAGCAGUAUUAGCAACCCAGCAACCACCAUAGGUCUCGCGGAGACAGCCGUCCUGGACAUAAUGGCUGCUAAUUUGCAACAGCAGCGCUCCAUCAACUUGCAGCUACGGCGGGAAGUGGAGAUGGAGCGUAUGCCCGUCUCGGUGGCCUGCUCCCUGAUGAUGAAGUACAUGUUGGAGCACGAGGAGGAAGACUGCCUGCUCAGCGGCUUCACACAGAAGGUGAAUCCGUUUCGUGAGAAGAGCUCCUGCAGCAUCCUGUAGAUCCGGAUACAUGAUGAUUCGGACCCAGUCCUAACAGUAUUAUCCUAUAAUGUAUACUCAAUCACGGCCGAGAUCAGAAUCAGCCGUAUUACCUAUUUGCUGUUCAUUGUAAGUGUGCUGACCUCAAUUAUGUCUAUAAACUAAGUAUAUACAAUGGAAUCGGACGAACCGAGAAUUUAUGGAUACAUAAACAAAAUACGAGAAACCGUCUUGACCUAAAACGCCUGCGUAUGUGUGUAUAAAUAUCGUGUAUUUUGCUAAUCCUGUAGCUCUUUAUUGGAGAAUUUAGCAAAGCCCCUUCCUAUAUAGAUGUUUCCUAUUGAGAUAUUCCUGAAAUAAAGCCAUGUAGCCAGUGAUUUUCAUGUGAA